CCAACGGCGUCGGCAUCUGUGGCGGUGGGAAUUUUGGGGGCCCCAGCGGAUCACCCUGGUUCUUGGCCCCAAUCCAAGUGUUAUAGCGUGGAAGCGUACAAGCAGACAUUGUUCCGUAUUACGGCCCUUCACCUGAGUAUAUAAACAGUCAUGAUCAAGUCGUCUCGAGUUGGAUCCAGGUCAGCAAACUGCACGCCAUCCUCUUCACUUUUUCCUCCUUUAUUUUCCAAGAUUGUGGUCCGACAAAGCUUCUCGGCAUGACUCUCCAGGUGGCUGACUUUGCUCGGGUAGAUGAAGGCUCCGAUGGGGUACGGGAGAAGGACUUUGAGCAGGAUGAAAUAAACAUCCCAGCAGAUCCUGUAGCCACCCCCACAACCAACGAAUUGGAUCCCGAUAGCGAUAGCGAUCAUUUUAUCAUUGACGAUCCCGGUCACUCGGUCAAUGGAAAUGGCGUUGAGAGCUCGACCACUUUUGAUCCUGAACAUGGGAACAGAUACACCGUUACUGGGACGGCCGAUCAACGAGACCCGACAUGGAUGAUUGUGACCCUUCAACCACGUGGUGAAAGGAAACCGCUAAAUGUGUGGACCAAAGUUGAUACCGGCGCUGAAGCCAAUUUUAUCUCCCUUGACCUUCUAAAGAAACUGGGACUCGAAAAUGACGAACGUCGACAGAGCAGGCACGAAUUCAAAGAUCUUAACAACCAAGUUAUGAAAGCCCAUGGCCUGAUCACGUUAGAGUUCAAUGCUGGAUUCAAGCAAAAGAGAUUCCGAGAAGAUUUUGAAGUCCUUGAAAAUGACGAAAUUGCGCUUUUGCUCGGACAGCAUGUGCUUUUUGAGCGCAUGCAUGCCAUUUCUAUCGAUCCCGAGUACGAUCUACUCCAGCACCCAAGUUUCGAUGUCUCGGAUGCUUGGGGUCAAAGACCCAUAGAGGUACCCUGUCUGUCAACGACAGGAUACGGCAAGAAGUUCUUCAAUCCUCCGCCUUCAUAUCCGCAAGACGGAGGGGCUCGGCCCUCGUACAUUCGUUAUUAAUUCAUUAAUUCAACCAUUGCUCAUCUUCGCAGGCGAUUUCCCGGCAAUCACAUUCUCGAGCUACUCUGCUUCCUCUUCGAUAUGCCACGUGCAAUGGAUUUUUAUAUGCAUACAUGGCUUCAAAUUUUUCUUGUUCCAAUUGAAAUCUAUUUCUCAGUUAUGAAUGAGUCCAAUAGCUCUGCGAGGAUAAAUGUGCUUCGCAGGCCGGUUAUGAACUUGAUUAUGAAAUUUUGGGGGGAAUAUGUACUGUAAUAUGUGCCUGCCAACGCCCAGCGAAAUCAUGGCAACAUCAAUAGUCUGUGUUGCAAAUAUAAAACAGCCUCUGUACUAUCGUAAUGGUCAACGAGAUUCCGU